UUAAAUACAUUUAAACGUAAGAAACAGAAAAAAUCCCCGCGAAUUUUUGCUUAUCCUGAGAAGGAAAGUCAGUGAUGGACGACGGCGGCGAUUGAUUCCCGGCGGCGAAUUUUAGAGAAGAAAGAGGCAUGGAAGCGGUGGCGGAGGGGCUGUGGGGAUUGGCGGACUAUCACGAGAAGAAAGCCGAGAUCGGAAAGGCUGUGAAGUGCUUAGAAGCCAUUUGCCAGAGCCACGUCUCCUUCUUCCCAAUUGUCGAAAUCAAGACUCGUCUCCGCGUGGCCACUCUCCUCCUUAAACACUCCAACAACAUUAACCACGCUAAAGCCCACCUUGAACGUUCCCAAUUGCUUUUAAAGUCAAUUCCUUCAUGCUUUGAGCUAAAGUGCAGAGCCUACAGCUUAUUGAGCCAAUGUUACCAUCUUGUUGGGGCUAUUGUUUCACAAAAACAGAUACUGAACAAGGGUUUGGAACUUAUUGCAUCUUCUGAGGAUGGUUUUUCUGCGAGGUUAUGGUCCUGCAACUUCAAUUCUCAGCUUGCAAAUGCUUUGAUAAUUGAGGGAGACUAUCUUGGAUCAAUUUCCGCUUUAGAGCGUGGAUUUUAUUCUGCAGCUGAGAUGUGUUAUCCAGAAUUACAGAUGUUUUUUGCGAGUUCUAUCUUGCAUGUUCACCUCAUGCAAUGGGAGAAUGCAAGUACGAUUCAAGAAGUUGUCAACAAAUGUAAUUUAAUUUGGGAAUCUAUUGAUCAAAAUAAAAGACAGCAAUGCCUUGGUCUGUUAUUUUAUAAUGAGCUGUUGCAAGUAUUCUAUCUACUUCGGAUAUGUGACUAUAAGAAUGCUGCACAGCAUGUUGAAAAAUUGGAUGCUGCCAUGAAGUCUGACUUACAGCAGAUGCAACAUGUCAAGGAACUCAACAAAGAAUUAACUGAAGUGAAUAAAAGUCUUUCUAAUUCUGAUUUAAACUACAGAGACAGAUCUGCUUUAUCUAAGAAACAAGCUCUCCUUGAAGAACAGCUCAAUAAUUUAACAGGAGUAGGAUCAACUGGCAAAGAAUUUUUGGAACCAACGUAUUUUGGAAAUGUUAAACGGGCCUGGGGUGAUAAGCUUGAGUUGGCACCACCUCCUAUUGAUGGAGAGUGGCUACCAAAAGGUGCUAUUUAUGCAUUGGUAGAUCUCACUGUAGUUGUAUUUAGCCGUCCAAAAGGACUCUUUAAGGAUUGUCUGAAGAGGAUUCAGUCUGGCCAACUAACCAUUCAAGAGGAGCUUGAAAAACUUGGGAUCAAUGAUGGGGCAAAAGAAGUGGAUUUGCUACACUCUGCCAUUUGGAUGGCAAGUGUCUAUUUAAACCUUCUGAUGCAGUUCUUUGAAAAUAAAGUUGCAAUGGAUCUUACGCGAUCUGAAUUUAUUGAAGCACAAGAGACUUUGGUGCAGAUGAGAAAUUGGUUUAUUCGCUUCCCAACAAUUUUACAGGCAUGUGAGAGUACAAUUGAAAUGCUUAGAGGGCAGUAUGCACAUUCUGUUGGCUGCUAUGAAGAAGCUAGUUUUCAUUUCAUUGAGGCUUCAAAGCUUACAGAGAACAAAACGAUGCAAGCUAUGUGCCACAUCUAUGCAGCGAUCUCUUAUAUCUGUAUUGGCAAUGCUGAAUCCUCUUCCAAGGCUGUUGAUCUCAUUGGACCAAUUUUGAAUGUAAUUGAUUCUUUUGUUGGAGUAAGAGAGAAAACCAGUGUUCUUCUUGCUCAUGGGUUUCUGUUGAUGAGGCAGCAAAAUCUACAAGAAGCUAGAGUUAGACUGGCUGCUGGUUUGCAGACAGCACAUCAUUGGUUGGGGAAUCUUCAACUUGUUUCACAAUAUUUAAGUGUGUUGGGAAAUUUAGCUCUUGUGAUUCGUGAUACUGGACAAGCUAGAGAGAUAUUAAGAUCCUCAUUGACCCUGGCAAAGAAGCUCUAUGAUAUUCCUACUCAAGUUUGGGUACUAUCAAAUUUGACAGCUCUGUACCAGCAAUUAGGCGAGAAAGGGAAUGAAAUUGAAAACCAUGAGUACCAAACAAAGAAACUAGGGGAGCUGCAAAAACGACUCCAUGAUGCAUGUUCAUCCACUCACCAUCUUGAGCUGAUUGCAAAAGUGAAAACUGAAGUCCAUCAAUGGAGUAAUUAUGAUAUGAAAAGAACAAUAGCCAACCCGCCCACCGGAGUUGAUCUGGACAUUCCCGAAUCUGUUGGUCUAUCAACCUCGGCUCCUAAUCCAUCGUCAUCGUCAAGACUUAUGGAUGUUGAUCUUGGGAGGCUCAGAAAGAGGAACAUUUAAGCUUCCUAUCUGCAAAUUGGUAUGUUGUGCAAAGUGGUAGUGUUUUCAUUUCUUAGAAACUCCUAUGUCUAUUGAUGUACUUAAAUACCCCCUCUUGUAAAAGUAGCUGCUCUGAAUAAUAUUAUAUGAUUUUGCUUCUUGAAUCAAGGAUUUCUUUUUAUGUAUAUCAUUUUAAAAUUAAAAUUAAA